UUCGUUGGUUUAGUGUGUCUCUUGAUUCCAUUCUGAGUACAUGACAGACAAUGACGAUCAGAAAAAUGGACUUGCUUUCUAUCAAUUUGGUUUUGGCAAGUCUAUAUGCAACAGUCUUUAUGUUCGGCCCUAUGCCCUACAAAAUAAUUGGUAUGGAAGCAAACCUGAAACUUGAAACUAUCAAAGAAGCAAGUUCUUCCGAAAACGUCACCAGUUUAUUCGAGAAUAACACAUCACUCAAUGUCUCAAGCGGUAAGAAAAAAGAAUACUACACAACCUACCUUUAUGAAAUCAUUGUUACUGUAGUAUUAGAUGCCGAAGAAACAUGCAUUUUGAAUUAUGGCGACGAUACUGAAGAAGAAGAAAUAGUUUUUCCUCUUGGUUUAGGUUCGAGAUCAAUUGAUCAUGAAUAUAUAAAUUCAGGAUCUUAUAACAUAACUUGUACGUGCACAGAUAUUGUUCGAGCAGUUGACGUGCCGAUUCCAAGUACAGAAGGCGACAUUAGUUUUACUAUUUCAGGCGACAAAUAUUAUCAUGGCCCUGCUGUUGUUCUUGAUGUUAUGAUACAAGCAAAAACCAUUUUCGGGGAAUGGGAAUGUAUCAUAUAUAUUGAUAAGGAGGAUUUUAAUAAAAUUAAUAUUAAGCAUAAGAAAAAAAAAAAGGAUGAUGACGAAUUCACUUCCGUUGACACUGAGAUCAUUAUUAACGAACCUGGAUGGCAUAAAAUUGUUUGGAAUGUAGUUUGGAUGACUACGUUAUGUACAAAUACGAAAACGUCUUUAUUCAAGACAAAUGUUUUAACAAAACCAUCUUUACAUUAUAUCCCCGUACAACAAUUCAAAGUCCAUUCGUAAUAUUCAGAAUUGACGAAAAAGUCAAGCUUUCACAAUCAGAUUUUGUUUUAUGUAAAUCAAAACCACUGACUUACUUAUGGAAGCUUCAGAAAAUGAUUGAAGGUGAAUUAAGAGAUAUAGAGCACGAAAAUAUAACACUUGAUUUAGAAUAUCUGGAUUUUCUCCCUUAUUCUACACAGGGUUUGUACAAAAUCGAUUUGGAAGUAAGCAGUGACGACAGGAAAGUUUCCGAUACUAUAUAUAUCAAAUUCAGCGAAGUACUAAAACCAUUAUCAUUUUUAGGCGGAGAUAUAAGUACGAAAAGUCUAGGAACCACCUUAUACGUAUUGCACGAAAUCGCUGAAUAUUAUAUGUGGUGUUAUAGGAAUACAACACAAAAAUUAAAUUUUACUGAAGAUUCGAUACAAGUAAAAAGUGAUGCUACUUACAACUGUUCCGACUUUACAAACGAUACAUAUUUUGAUAUACCAAACGAAAAGCCUGGACUAUAUCUCAUUAAAGUGAUCGCUGUGUCUGAUUUUGGCUUCAGAAUUAUCCAGAAACAUUUACAAGUUGAUAUAUCAACAUUGGAUAUUAAUAUCAGCUGCGUAUUUAAUUGCAACGGCCAGUUGUCAAUAAGAAACGACUGGUCUCUCGGAGUAUCCAUAGCCCUUGCACCCGGCCAGAAUAUAUCGUUGGCUUCGUUUUUCUGGGAACUUUAUCGAUAUGUAGACGGAAUAUAUGAACCAGUAGAAGACUGGGAAGACUGGACAGCAGGUCUCUUCACGUCGUCCAUCACUCUCAGUUCCGAUCAUGUAGCACCAGCAACAAAAUACAGAAUUGCGAUUAGAGUUGUUUGGUUGGACAAAGUAGCAUACGCAACUUACGAUGCUAUAACUGGAAUUCCACCAAAAGGCGGAGACUGUGAAUUGACACCAUUACAAGGACAAGCUUUAGAUACUUUGUUCCAAGUGAAAUGCAGCCGCUGGUUUGACGAUGGCUCUAGUCUUUUCCGACAAUCUACGUCAAAUGCGACUGUUAAGAAUGCCGAGUUGAAAUACAUGAUUCUCUUCUCAAGUGGGUCUCAUGAAUGGGUCUUGUCAUACAAAAGUGAUGAAGAAUCCGACCUCUUGUACUUCGGGAUGGGAGAUGAAGAAAAUGACUACAAAGCAAAAAUUACCGUUAGAAUAUACGAUGUGUAUUUUUCGUUCGCAUCUAAGGUUUUUGAAAUCGCUAUGGAAAAACCAAAUAUUGCCAGUGAAAAUCUUCAGGCUAUCCAAGAUCAUUUGCUGAAUUUCUUGGCACCAGAAAAUACUGAUCAAGACAGUCAUUACGUGCAUUUAAGCAAAAUUAAUAGCGUGGCUAGUUUUGUAAUUAGCAUGUCGAUCAAAAGUGUUCUACAGAAAUUAGGAUACGAUGCCAGGAAAAUGGUACAGGGUAAAUUUAUUGACUUCGAUGCCGGCAAAAAAGAACCUGAAACUUUUGAGGAGAUGUUGUUUAAAAUUUCCAACGACGAUAGCGAAGAAAGAAUAAACCUACUCACUCCCAUAAUUACUCUUUGUAUUGACAAGUUGGUCAACAUCAGCGAUUUUAGCACCGAGAUUAAGAUCUUAGAGUUAAUGUCCAGUGUCAAUGCUGUUUCAGGGUACUACCCCUAUGUAAGCGAAAUCGACAUGAAAAUAGUACUGAAUUUUUCAGUCCAGCUUCUGAAAUCAGCUGCAGAAAUGAAGAAUGAAUCCAUCCACAUCUUUCUCUCAGACAUUGCCGACAGCGGAGAAACCUUAAUAAGUCGAAUAAUGUCCAUACUGAACACUGAGCAGAUUCUGUUGGCUAAAGCAGGAUUGGAUAUGGAGAAAGUGAAGCGGGAUUACGAAGAUUCCUUGUCAUACGUCGACGAAGAAACACAAAGUAUGGUACUAUACAAUGCAAUAUUGAGCGAUAACGAAAGGUCUUUUAUAAUCAACCAAGCAUUUUUGAAGGCUAAUGAAGGCAUAAAUAUAAAACGGGGAGAUGCUUCCGAAUAUAACGACAUUGUGAACGAAAUUCAUUAUUAUCUGAAAACUAUCAUCAACUCAAUGAGCCCAACCGGACGUGCAAGUAAAUCAAAAACAGCUACUUCCGUGUGUUCUGAAAAGAUAUCGAAUUCAAAGAUGAGAAAGAGCGGAAUCGGUUGUGGUCCUUUAAGUAUUCAACUGACUGGUUCAAGUGGAACACAAUUCGAAAAUGAAAGUAACGUUAUGGAGGCUUUAUCGACAGACGAAAAAUUCUUAACAUACGACGAAAACAUGCGAUCGGCUUUGAUCACUUCACCUACACUAAUCCUAAGUUCAGAACGAGACAAAUCAGAAAAAACUUUCGUUGUAGAAUUUAAAGACAAACUGUCUGAUAUGCCUUAUCGAAAACCAAAGUUUGUCGCCGAGGAUCAAUCCUUCAUGUUUUACCAUAAAUUCCAGUACAGGUCCAGCACUGACUACAGCUGCAUAAAGCUACAAAUGGAAAAAAAAGCUAUACUUGGUUAUGAGGUCUAUUUCCGGUUGAACAGUAGCCCAAAUAAUGAUACAUUUGAUUACAGAACCGCGUUUAACAAAGACAACCUCACAAGUGGUGAUUCUUAUCAUUUUUGUGUUCCUGUUGAUACUUUUGAAAUGAACGGCACGAUGUACGUCGGUCUGAGACCCUUCCAGCUACCGGGAUAUGAGUCAACAAAUAUCUUCAGUAAAUAUGCCUUCAAAGGAUUUUCUGUCAAUUGCAUGGCAUGGAAUGGUACAGCCUGGGUCAAUGAUACAUGCAAGAUGGAGUGGGGAUCGUCUAUAAGAUGUCGAUGUCAAAGUAGAGGAGAAGUAACAGUGGCCAACAGUUUCUUUAUACCACCAAACACCAUUGAUUUUUCGACAGUUUUCCAGAAAUUUGAUCUUGCAAACAACGGUAUCGUUUUCGCGGUUGUUGUUUCUAUAACAUGUAUGUUUAUUUUGUUGAUUGCGUGGACUUGUCGACAAGACCGGAAAAGCAAAUGGAUGGGUAAUAUAUGGCCUCUCUGUGACAAUAAAAUCAAUGACACAAACUUUUAUCUUAUUACUGUCUUCACUGGAUUGAAAGCAGAUUCUGGAACAUCGUCAAAUAUUUGUUUUAUCCUCUGCGGUGAAAAAAACACAAGUGCCACACGAUGUCUUAAUGAUGGGAUACACAAGGGUUUCCCAACAGGAUCGCUGAGGAAGUUCUUAAUGAGCACAUCCGAUAGUUUGGGUGAUCUCAUAUAUUUAAGAAUAUGGUCAGAUUGUUCAGGAUAUGGACUCGAUUCUUCGUGGUAUUUAAAUAAAGUGGAAAUUAUGGAUACUAAAACGGAGAAAAUAUUUGUUUUCAGGUGUGAAGGUUGGCUUGCAACAGACAGUUAUGCUUCGACCAUCUACAAUAUCUCCUGCAACAGAUCAAAUGAUCAUCCCAUUUUUAAAAGCCGAUUUGUAGACCAUAUUCAGCACUCGUUGAGCGAUGGACACCUGUGGUUCUCUACUUACGUGCACCCGUGCUAUUCCACAUUCAGCCGCACUCAAAGAAUCGUUUGCUGUGCAACAGUCCUCUAUCUUACAAUGAUAACUAAUGCCAUGUUUUCUCCUUUUGACAAUAGACUCAAAGCAGAGAACGAUCUUACAAUUGGUCCAAUUCGUUUAAAUCUUCGCCAAAUAGCUGUUUCUAUCCAAAGCAUUGCGAUCACAGUGCCGUCUACAUUAUUCUUAGUGGCAUGCUUUAAAGAUUCGAAGCCGGACGGAACUUGCUGUUGUUGUAAGAAGAAACCCAAAGAAGAUGAAGAAAAUAUAGAUGAUGAUGAUGAUGAUGAUGAUGACGGUGGUGAUGAUGGUGAUAAUACCACCUUUGUGCAAAAAAAAGCAAACUAUUCACGUGAUAAGUUCUUACCAUUUUGGUGUGUGUACGUCGGUUGGAUUUGGGCAACAUUAGUCAUAUUUACUUCCGGUUUCUUCGUAAUUUUGUACAGCUUAGAAUGGGGAAGUACUAAAUCAGAGUAUUGGCUUACUUCGUUUGCUAUGUCAAACCUAGAGUCUUUUGUUCUUAUAGAUCCAGGAAAGAUACUCCUACUGUCAUUGGCAGUCUCUAUAUUAAGGAAUCGACCGAAAGUCAAACAAAUCAGCUACAAUGAAUAUAUUAACAUACUUAAUGCCAUCGACGGACAUUUAAAUCGAAGAAGGCAAAUACAGUAUGCAAAGAAAGUUGUAUUCACACCACUCGAGGAAGAAGCGCGAAAAAUUAGACAUCGGAAAAUUAUUUCUGAGAUGUGGUGCAAGAGUGUUGUUGUAAAUGGUAUUAUAUACAGCUUUUUACUAAUAUCUGCUGGCUACAUAGCUUAUGUAAACCAAGACACAAAAAAUUACAGAAUGAAGGAGUCACUCGAGCAUGUAUUUGUCCAUCCACUUGGGAGUAAACACAAGUUUACAAAUGUGAAAACUGUGGAAUUAUACUUCGAGUGGAUGGAAAAGGUUGUUUUCCCAAAUUUUUUUCCGACUGCAAGUAUUUUUAAGAAGAAAAUGGUUUCUAUUGAGAAAAUGUAUAUAUCAGAUGGCGUAAAUAUAAAAAUUGGUCCGGCAAGAUUACGACAACUGAGAGUCAAAAAGUCAGAAAAUUGUGAUAAAUCGAGUCUUAAAAUCAAAAGUUGUAACAAAGGAUACAAUUUGCUGAACGAAUUAAAAGAUCCUUAUUGUCUUCGGUGGCAACCGGAAACAGUUUUUGGAUGUCCACACAAUGAGAGCGUCACCAACUUAACAUCAGAUUCUUGGAAGUAUACUCCGGCUUCAAAAAUAAAUGGUGUACCAAUUAUUGGUAUGUGGAACACAUACGGUGGAGGAGGUUACAUAAGUAAUUUCGAGAUUAAUGGUAUCAUAUCGAAGGCCAUGCUGGAGGAGCUGAUCCGAGCUAAAUGGGUUGAUAGACAGACCAGAGGAGUUUUCUUGGAGUUUACGCUUUAUAAUGCCAAUACUCAUAUGUUUGCAUACAUGAACUUUCUAGUGGAAUUUCCAGAGACUGGUGGUGCUAUACCAUAUUACAUCAUAAGUGUGUUUCGCCCGUUUGGCAUUGAUAGCGUCAUCACUAUUGUGUUUCAAGCGAUCUUUAUAUUCUGUAUUGUUUUAUUGCUUAUCAAAGUUAUAUACAACCUAAUCAAAAUGCAAAUGGCAUUUUUCUCUCAAUUUUGGAACGUGAUUGAUUUUUUUUCGCUGAUAUUCUGUAUUGUGUCUCUCGCUGUAUUCAUUAUUCAACGCACACAAACCGAUCAGAUUCUUGAAGAAUUUCGCCAAGAUCCGAAAGCAUUCGUAAAUUUCUACCACAUUGUGAUUUGGAAUGAGAUAAUAUCAAUUGCUUUAGCAUUCCUGAUUUUCUUUGCAAUUAUUCGCUUGUCGUGUAUCCUUGGAGUCAGCCAGACCAUGUUGCAGAUAUCGCUAAUUCUUAACCGAUGUGUUUCGCAUCUAUUUGGCGUCAGUUUUCUAUUAUGUAUUUACGCAGGAAUUUACGCCAUGCUUGGUUAUUUAAUUUUUGGUUCCAUUUGGUCUUACCGCAGUUAUUCCUCAGCUCUGGUAUCCGUCUUUUUGAUAGUCUUAGGAAAGACCAACUAUACGGAGCUAAAUGAUAUCGCACCAAUUAUAGGAAAGAUAUAUUUUUUCUCUGUGGUAUUUUUCAUGAUAUUUAUGCUUCUGAAAAUGUUUGAAAGUGUUUUGGGUGAAUGCAUUAGCAUGAAACAGAAUACAGAAUUGGAAGAUUAUAAUGUUAUGUUAAUGCUAACAAAAUAUUUUCGCAUGCUUAGAGAAAUAGGUAAAAAGAAUUCGAAAGUUAGCGAUGUCACAAUAAACAAAAAGGAGUUUGUUUAGUUUACUCGGAAUAUUUAAAUUGAUUAGUAGAAGUAGACAGCUGAAAUAUUUGAAAGCAGCAAAGAUUUAACAGCAACAACGAUGAGUAUGUAUUGUCAUUUGUUCAAAGGGAAACAUACAAACACACCUGCCUUCCACUAAGCCAUACCGUUAUUACGUUUGUAGAACAUCACAAACCAUAAGACGUUCAAUUUUAAUUAUCAAAGAAUGGACACACACACGCACACACACACGCACACGCACACACACGCACACACACACACAAAUAUACUACCACCACCACACGCAUGCGCAUGCACACGCAUACAUUCCUCUAAUUUGUGAAUGU